AUGAGGAGAUUUGUUUACUGCAAGGUGGUCCUAGCCACUUCUCUCAUGUGGGUGCUUGUGGACGUCUUCUUGCUUUUAUACUUCAGUGAAUGUAAUAAAUGUGAUGACAAGAAAGAGAGGUCUCUGCUGCCUGCUCUGAGGGCUGUUAUUUCUCGAAACCAAGAAGGACCUGGAGAGAUGGGAAAGGCUGUGCUCAUUCCCAAGGACGACCAGGAGAAGAUGAAAGAGCUGUUCAAAAUCAACCAGUUUAACCUUAUGGCCAGUGACUUGAUCGCCCUGAACCGGAGUUUGCCCGACGUGAGGUUAGACGGAUGCAAGACAAAAGUCUAUCCCAACGAACUGCCCAACACGAGUGUGGUUAUUGUGUUCCACAACGAGGCCUGGAGCACGCUGCUUCGGACCGUGUACAGCGUCAUCAAUCGCUCCCCGCACCGCCUGCUUUCCGAAAUCAUCCUGGUGGACGAUGCCAGCGAGAGAGAGUUUUUGAAGGCCUCAUUGGAGAAUUAUGUGAAAAACCUGGAAGUCUCCAUAAAAAUCAUCCGGAUGGAGCAGAGGUCAGGACUGAUCCGCGCGCGGCUCCGAGGGGCAGCGGCCUCCAAAGGGCAGGUGAUAACGUUCCUGGACGCGCACUGCGAGUGCACCCUGGGCUGGCUCGAGCCGCUGCUGGCCAGGAUAAAGGAGGACAGGUAA